AUGCCGUUCCCAUUCGUGCUGCCAACGACAUCGUCGUUUUCCUUCUCGGCUAACUUCGAUUCUGACUCGCAUCCGUCAAUUUCCAUCAAUGCAAGUAUGUACCGCGGUGUUGCCAAGGACACGCUACGGAAGCACAAACGCCUCGAUCACUCAGCCCAGGUGGGCAAUCUCUCCACAGUCAGGACGGCACUGAACGAUUACCUGCCAUACCUUGUGGCAGUCGACGCCGGGCUUCACGACCUGCGGAUUCCUGGGAGCUGUGAUCUGAUUCACAUCGAUCCAAAGGACCAGGUGGCCAUCAAGUGGCGGCCUACGCUCUCGGGCGAUGUGGUGCCCGGCCGUGAGCGGUCUCGCGUAAAGAUCAACUCGCUCGAGCACGAGCUCAUUUUCAUGUUCUCAGCCCUGGGCUUGACCUACGUCCAGGAGGCCAGGGCGGUGCUGAAGCCUCUCUACUCGACCAGUAACGAAUUUGUCGCUUCCCAGGAGCGCACAACGGCCAUCUCAACGGCCACCAAGCUUCUCCUCCAGUCUGCCUCUAUCUUCCAAUAUCUGGGGAACAGGACAGAGCAAGGAUCCGUUAAGCCUCCCUGUGCCGAUGUGGCGCCGACAACGGUCCGGGCCCUUGCCUCGCUUUCUCACGCCGAGGCUACGCUACUGGCUGUUCUAAAGGAUGACCCUUAUCCCGCCGCCGUUGCUCAAGAUAGAAACAAGACCGACAAGGAGUGGAUGUUCAAGUCGCCCGAGAUUCCCAAAGUUCGUGCCCACCUGUACGCCCGUCUCUGCCUUGCUGCGUCGGAGCAUGCGGCACGGGCAUUGUCGCUUGCGCAGGCGAGCGCGUCCUCAGUGGGCAUCAAGGUUGACAGCAGCCUCAUCAAAUACAUGGAGGAUUUCCGACGGACCAGCCGCGCAAAGGCUUGCAGGUUUCUGGGAAUCGACUCGGAGCUUGGUGGUCAGACAGCAGACGGGAUAGGCUGGCUCCAGGCAGGGCUACAGGAACUGGGGGUCGAUAUCAAGGACUCCAGGAGGGGCCUUGGGCUAGGCCGUCUCAAAAAGGACCUCUCGGAAUUGAUGGAGGACCGGCGUGUCGACAAAGAGAGAGCGUGGGGUGCCGAUGCUGGCAAACUCGAGGAAAUACGCGUGAUCGAGAUGCUCAACGCAAAAUGGAACAAAAUUAACGAUACGAUGAAUACCAAGCAAGUACCAUCAGUCAACUCACUACUGGCCAAGAUUCCCUCAGGACGUGAGAUACACAGCAUUCCUGACUACCAGCCUCCGACGCUCGAUGAAAACGCCCUCAACAUGAUGCGUGCCCCUCCAACAGACAAGGGUGAACUAGCCCACGACUUUAGCUCAGACGACGAGGCUAUCGGGUCGCCACAGCCGCCAGGCGUUGGCGGUUACGCGGGCACCUCAGCUGACUAUGGGCGUAGCCCAACUGCCCAGGGUUCGCAUACCUACUAUUAG